AUGGAUCUUCAAUCCGGGCUCCCUGAGACAGAGCCUGAAAACUUCACAAUGAUAGAUAAUCCCACAGCUGUUGGUAAUGGAAUUUUUAUUCCGUUUACUGAGGCCGAUCUAGAUGAUCCAGAUGACUCAGAGAGUGAUGAAGACGACGAAGACGAGGACGAGGACGACGAGGACGUGGAUGACGGCGAGCCAGAUUUUGCUAUUGGCAGGUCAGGCACAAUCGACAUCCGUACCGAGCGUACCAAGCUCCUAACAGAAGUUAGCAAAGAGGUCAGGUUCGACGAUGCGGAUGUGAUCGAAAAGUACCAGGCCCGAGUACGUUUGUGCCUCAAGGACGACAAAAACGUAGAAGAACCAACUUUGCUACACUAUAUCGUAUUAAGCCUCCUCAUCUUCCAUGAAACUCAAGACGCAAUGAACUUCAUAGUCAGGUUAGCUUUACAGGAAGCACCCGAGGACUUGGCAUAUCAGACGAAGGGACCGCUAGAGACUCCACUACAUGUAGCGAUAAAACGAAAGGAAGAAAAUCUCGCAAAACUGAUGUGUGAGAUAGCACCGGACGUUGCGGCAAAGGCUAUAUCAUUGCAGAAUGAAAACGGCGAAACCUGUUUGCACCUUGCUAUUAAGGAAAACCUGGACGUAGCCCCGUUCCUUAUUAGCAAAGCGCACAUCGCUGCAUUCCGUCAGCAGCGUAGUCAGAAGAUACGGCAUGGCGCUGGAAAUACACCCUUACACGACGCAGUACACUAUUCUCGUUACAUUGUGGAGGUCCCAACCUGUCCUCCAGAAAAGAUCCCAAAAUGUAGACGUUGUCGAGAAGCCGAGAAGAAGUUAGAGAGUAGCUGUACUCGACUGAGUAAAAUUGUCGAGUCUUUAGUACAGAAAGACCCGGAAGCUCUUGCGACCCUAAAUGCUCUAGGACAGUCCCCGUACGUAUAUCACUUAGCAACUCGCCAGGAGACACGAGCAAGCCUCGAUCUAGCCAAGUCAAAGCCCACAGGCGGAACCCAAGACCAAACACUUAAGAAUCCUAAAACCGAGGGCAGCGGAAGUGCAGCCAGCGGAAAGAUCGAGAAACCGAAUCCGUACAUCAAGUCAGGGGCUACCAUUGCACACGAGGAGAGAAAGCGGGCAAAGAACCCUAAGUCCGAAACUCCUAACAUACCAAACAAAGGCCGUUCCGCCAAGCCAGGCCCCAAGAUUACAAAAACCCAUCAGCCCCUGCCAAGAUCUGAUAAACUAGCAGAGAAGACCAAGAUCGAAGAAUAUCUUCGAGAGAUGGCGUUUGCCCAAGGAAAUUUUGAGAAAGCCUUCAAUGGUCUAGACGCACCAAGGAUAAAAGUUAUAGAAUCGAUUGAGAGGCCGCCGAAAACUCGAAUUACUCCUCGUCUCGAUAGCAGCUUCGAUGUUAGGUCACAAGAUCGGCAUCAUUGGAUGAAUAAUAUUAGAGAUUUUGCGGCCGAGCUUCGGACGGAGCUUGGGGUUAAUUAUAAUCAACGCAGGCCAAAGGUCGCCAUAAUCGACGACGGUGUUAAUCCCGAAGGGGAAUUCCUAGGCCAGAGGAUUGCUCACGGGUGGCCUCCUGACGAACCAAAGUCAAACUUGGAGCCGUUCUAUGCCUCUACACGAGGCCACGGGACGCAGAUGGCCAAGCUUAUAUGUCACGCGUGUCCCUUCGCUCAGCUAUACGUCGCUAAGCUCGAUGGUUGGAAAGACCCGGACCUCCCCCACCCACAAUUUACGGCAAAGGAUGCAGCUGAAGCGGUAAAGUGGGCUAUUCGGGAAAACGUUGAUAUCAUCAGCAUGUCGUGGAACAUCGAGCGUAGCCGCUCCAACGAGGCCGACAUCGACGCGCUCGCCUCACAGAUCAAGAUCGCAGCGAACCGCAAUAUCAUCAUGUACUGUGCGGCACAAGACAAGGGCCAGCUAGGCAACUCCGAAACUGAAGUCUACCCAGCAGGAUCCGACACGACCAAACUCCGUAUUGUCGGCGCCGCUGAUCCGACCGGCCACCCUCUCAACAUCGUCGAUACGAACAAAGUGCACUACCUCUUCCCGGGAGAAGUUAUCCUCGAGAACGACAACAAGGCCAUCACCGGGAGCAGUGCGGCCACCGCUCUAGCCGCAGGGACCGCCGCCAUGAUUCUUUUUUGCUACGAGCUCGGCUAUGGCAAGAUGGAGACUAUAGCUAAGCCGGGACGCAUGGGGCAGCUGUUCAACAGUCUGAAGAAGUCGACGAAAUACGUCGAUGUCGAGUCUAUCUUGAAGCCGGGACAGACGCCGGAGCUCGUUGUUAAGGAGUGCGCAGCACGCGUCAAGGAAAUCAGGGACGAGGAGAAUCUCCGCGCGACCCCGGAUCAUCGGACUUCCGGUGGGCUGGAUCUGAGCGGGUCGACGGCUUCGUUUGCGCCUCCGAUAAGGAGGACUACUGGACCUCUGGUUGUCCCCGGAGGGCGGUAG